CCCCUGUAAUCAAUUAUCACCAUCAGUCCCUCACAAACAAGUCCUAUCCUCUGCCUCAGUUUCUAUCCACCAAACUUGUUCCAACUACCAAAGUAAUGGCCACCACACCAGCUCUCUCAGGAACCAUGGUGAACACCUCCUUCCUGAGGAGGCAGCCAUUGAAGGCAUUCCCAAACGUGGGUCAGGCUCUGUUUGGCCUGAAAUCUGGCUGUGGCGGCCGUGUCACCAUGGCUGCUUACAAGGUGAAGCUCAUCACCCCAGAGGGACCUUUCGAGUUCGAGUGCCCGGAUGAUGUUUACAUUCUUGACCAUGCAGAGGAGCAAGGCAUUGACAUUCCCUACUCAUGCAGGGCUGGCUCUUGCUCUUCCUGUGCUGGGAAAGUUGUAGGAGGGAAUGUGGACCAGUCAGAUGGUAGCUUCCUUGAUGAUGAUCAGAUAGAUGCUGGGUUUGUUCUCACUUGUGUUGCUUACCCUCAGUCAGAUGUUGUUAUUGAGACCCACAAGGAGGAAGAGCUCACUGCUUAAAAAAAUGACAAGUGAUGCUUUGAAUUUAUAUUCAGGGAUUAACUAGUAGAAUUAUAUCUUGAUGUUCUGUUUCUUGUUUUUAAUUUUGUUUUCUCCGGAUAUGGUUGUUUACUUUCUAUGAAGAAUGAGUUAUUCCUGAUUUAAAUGUACGUCUGGAUACCAUUCAGUAUAACGCAAACAGAUUUUCGUCUCAA